AUGGACACAAAAGAUCAACAGAUCUUCCAAAAAAUUUAAGAAACUUUCUCCUCAACUGAUAUCAGAACAGUUUACGCAUUUGAAAAGCUGAUCGGAGGUGGUCAUUUCGGUUCAGUAAGAAUUGCCCACAGAAUAACUGACCCUCAAGUGAAGUAUGCUGUUAAAUCGAUCCUUAAGGAAAACAUCAAGAAAGAUGUUAAAUUACUUGAAGAGGAGCUAUCUAUUCUUACUUAGGUAGAUCAUCCAAACAUUAUUAAAUUCCACGAAACCUAUAUUGACUACAGAUAUGUCCAUAUCGUCAUGGAACUAAGUGAAGGUGGAGAACUAUUUGAAAAAAUUGUAGAAAUGCACAGGUUUAGUGAAUAAUAAGCGGCAUCAUUAAUGAAGAAGAUCAUCUCUGCUGUAAAGCAUUUACAUGAAAGAGCCAUCUGCCAUAGAGAUCUAAAACCAGAAAACUUCUUGUUUAGCGAUAAGACAGUUGAAGCAGAGAUUAAAUUAAUAGAUUUUGGUCUAUCAAAGAGAUUUGGGCAAGUACUAGAUCACGCUUCUGAAAAAAUGCAUACCAUCGUUGGAACACCAUAUUAUGUAGCUCCAGAAGUUUUAAAAGGCAAUUAUGACUUUUCUUGCGAUGUUUGGAGUCUAGGAGUCAUUCUAUACAUCAUGCUAUGUGGUUACCCACCUUUUGAAGGUGAUAACAAUAAAGAAAUAUUCAGAAGAGUAUUGCAAUAGAAGCUAGAGUUUGAUCCUGAUGAAUGGUCAGAAGUCUCAAUGGAAGCAAAGGACUUACUUGAAAAGAUGCUACAAAAAGAGCCUGCAAAGAGAAUUUCUGCAAUCGAUGCACUAAAGCAUCCUUGGUUCGCUAUUUCACAUAGUGAUAAGGCAAAUCUAGAUAAAAGGAUCUUCUAGAGAUUAAAGGAUUUCAAAGCUCCUCAAAGAUUCUAGGUUGAAGCACUUAUGUUCCUAGUCAAUAACAUCACAAAGGAAUUAGAUUUUAAGUCAUUGAGAGAAGCAUUCAGAGCUAUAGAUAAGAAAAAUACUGGCUUACUUAGUCUUACUGAAAUCAAGGGAGCAUUUAGAGAAUGUAGAGUACCUGAAGAGGAUCUAGAGGAAAUAUUCAAGCGUUUAGAUCAUGAUCAAGAUGGGCAAAUAAACUAUAGUGAGUUCCUUGCUGCAACUGUUGAUAGAAAGAAAGCCUUGACAAUGUAGAAUUUAUGGUUUGCUUUCCAUCAUUAUGAUGUCGACAACUCAGGAUUUAUUACCGAAGCUAGUUUGACUGAAGUCUUCCAUAGAGAGGGUAAAUAUCUAAACUAGGAAUAGGUUCAUGAAAUUAUGGCUUAGGCUGACUAAGAAAAUAAGGGAAAAAUUAGCUUUGAGGACUUUUCAAAAUUAAUGAAAGAAUUAUUAGACAGUUGA